CAUUUUUUCAACCCUUCUUGUGGUGGCAGAAGUUUGUGGCUGGCCCUUCCUUGUCUCUUUCACCCUUGGCAUGUAGCAUCCCAUGGUGUUGGUUUAGUGGACAAUGUACGGCUUCAUCGGCCAGGAGGAGGAGGAUCCGGCUGAAGUUUAUGCCGCCCUCUCCCAGCCCAUCGAUGUCGACUGUUUGUUGCCCACCGGAGUUUUGGUGCCUUUGAGAUGCAGACCCGAUGGAACUCUGCAAAAGAUCAAGAGUCGACUUUGGCAUGAGGCCCAAAAGUACCCUUUGUUCAAUCAAUUGAAACCUGAAUCUUGCUAUGUAUUUGUUGGUGUCAAUACCAGUGCGGAACGAGAGGAGUUCGUGGAUGAGAAAAAGAGGUUUUGUGAUCUGAACCUAUUUCACCCGCUGUUGAAAGUCCAAGAGCGUAUUGGUGACCAAGAGGAGAAGCUUCUCAAUGCCGAGAUCGGCAACCUGAUUGGAAAGCGUCUCCAUGAGUUCGAUGUUCUGGGAGCCGAAGUACAGGACUUCCGCCAUGGCAUCCAGUCUUACUGCGAGGGAAUCGUGCAGAACAGAAAUGCUGAGCAAAGUGAACUGUUAUUCUGGGCCUACCCUCCUGAUUUGGAAGCAUCGCCGGAGCUCGGUCGUAGUUUGCAGUCGAAGCUCCAGAAUGGUGGUUUCGCUGUAGAAGUUGUGUUACCUGGAGGUGGAACGUCACCCCCUCUACGUGCUGAGCCACAGUGGACUAUUGAGGACCUGUUGCAAGAGAUUCAGAAGCAAGUGUCAGUGUACUCACGAGAAUCUUCAUAUGAUUUAUGUGUGAAGGUGUGUGGAUCAUCUGACUAUAUGCUGGACAGAACUGCACCUCUGUCACAGUACAGAUAUUUCCGCAAAUGCAUUGCAAGAGGCGUGGAAGCCAGAAUAGUUCUGCACCGCAAAUCUAACCUGCUCAGCACAGCACUCCAGGGACAGCAGGGCUACCAGAUGCCCAUUACGCUACGAGCGCGGAACCCGUCGCCGCCCAGUGACAAUGCGGUCAGCUUGUGGCAGGUCACAUCGAAUCUGAAGGUGUUUGCUGUCAAGGCAACCAACGUCAACGCUGAGAGCAUUCUGCUGCGCUCAGGCGUGUAUCACGGAGGUGAGCCAUUGUCGGAUAUUCGCAGUACCAAGCUGAAGAGUGUCAGUGGCAAUGAGGCCAUCAUCCAGGAUGUGCUAGCUUUUGAUCUUCCUCACCGUGACUUGCCACGCAGCUCACGCCUCUGUUUUGUAAUAUAUGGUACAUCAAGUGGCGACACAGCUAGUGGCAAGAAGGCAAAAUCAUCUGGACUCUUCUCAGGUCGGAAACGGGAGCAUGUACCCCUGGCCUGGGUCAACAUCAACCUGUUCGACUACAAUGGCAAGAUGCGCACAGGUACACAGGAACUGAACUGCUGGCUCGUGGACGGAGCACUCGAUGACACAUUGAACUUCAUUGGUACAACGGUGGAGAAUCCGGACAAGGAAUCAGCCUUGGUGCUACACAUUGAGUUGGAGCGCCAUCAGCAGCCUAUUGUCUACCCAUCUUUCAGUGAGAUGCCACCGGAGCUGCCUAUUCUACCCAAGCCUAUGCCGCCCAACGUCACACAACAGCUCAUGAAGAUCAUUGAGUUGGAUCCACUGGCUGAGCUAGAGGAUCAAGACCUUGAGUUGGUAUGGAAUCACCGCAGUCAGCUGGCAGCGUAUCCGCAUUCACUUCCCAAGCUACUCAAGGCAGUUAAGUGGAACAACCGAGAGCAUGUGUCCCGCAUGCUAGUGCUGCUCCAGUCCUGGAAGAAAAUCAAGCCCGAGGCUGCACUUGAGCUUCUCGAUUACCAGUACGCCGAACAGUCAGUGCGCAUGUAUGCUGUGAGCUCGCUCAGUGACUUCACAGAUAACCAGCUCCUUCACUUCCUCCUACAGCUUACCCAAGUCCUGAAGUACGAGUCCUACCUCGACUGUCCGCUGGGCAAGUUCUUGCUGGCUAGAGCACUGCGCAACCAGAAGAUUGGCCAUUACCUCUUCUGGAACUUGCGUGCAGAGAUGCACGACCCGGCUGUUGCUGUCAGGUUUGGCUUGCUACUGGAAGCAUACUGCAGAGGAGCCAUCAGUCACAUGCGAACGCUUGCUGUCCAGGUGGAGGCACUCAACAGAUUGCGCGCCGUGAGCGAGGUACUGCAGAGCAAGACGUUAAAGGAACGACCCAAGGGCAUGAGGAAGAUGCGUGAAACCCUGGAGAGCCCUGCCUAUGUUGAAGCCCUGUCCAACUUGGUCGAUCCACUUCAUCCACAGUUCCACUUUGCCUGUGUCAAGUUAGACAAGUGCAAGUUCAUGGAUUCGAAGAUGAAGCCACUCUGGAUGGUGUAUGAGAAUGCUGACCCUGAAGGCGCCGAUGUCUACCAGAUCUACAAGAACGGUGACGAUCUGCGACAGGACAUGCUGACGCUGCAGAUCAUUGGCAUCAUGGACAGCAUCUGGCAAGCUGAUGGCCUUGACAUGCGCAUGAUCCCGUACGGCUGUCUCUCCACUGGUAAUCAAGUCGGUCUGAUCGAAGUCGUCCUCCAGGCCAACACUGUCGCAAAGAUCCAGAAAGAGAUGGGUGGUGGCUCACGUGGUGCAUUCGACAAGAGUACGCUGUACCGGUGGCUGGCCGAGAAGAACAAGGACAAGCAAGCUCUGGAAAGAGCUUUGGAAGCCUUCACCUAUUCUUGCGCUGGCUACUGUGUCGCCACGUAUGUCCUCGGCAUUGGUGAUCGUCACUCCGAUAACAUCAUGUUGAAGGAGACUGGACAGCUGUUCCACAUCGAUUUCGGCCAUUUCUUGGGCAACUUCAAGAGCAAGUUUGGUGUCAAGCGUGAGCGCGUGCCAUUCGUUCUCACUGAUGACUUCAUCUAUGUUGUCACUCACGGUAAAGAUGACGCAGCCAAGGUCGACAAGUUCAGACGGCUGUGUGAGGAGGCCUUCCUGCUGCUACGAAAGAAGGGCUCUCUCCUGAUCAACUUGUUUGCCAUGAUGUUGUCUACUGGUAUUCCUGAGCUACGGUCACUCGACGACAUCAACUAUGUCCGAGAUGCCUUGGUGUUGGGCGCAUCCGAUGAGGAAGCCCUGCAGAGCUUCCGCAAGAAGUUCAGUGAAGCGCAGAAGAAUUCAUGGAGUGUAUCGUGGAAUUGGUACAUCCACAAUGUUGUCAGAAGCUGAGGUGAUUUAGUGUUCAGUCUGACCAGCUACAGUUUAUCUCUUGCACUCGUGAGCACGGUGAGAGAAUUGUAGCACUUGUGUUUUUUCUUAUUCAUGUAGAUUUACAUGAUAGUGUGUGUGAGGUGACACACACUGUGUUAUUGCACACCCACCUUACACUGUUGAGUAUGAAGGAAGUGUGGAAUCACGCGA